AAUCCUGCUGUGCCAUUCAUCUUCCAUUGAAGUUGUUGUCCACAAAGGUAGUCCCACUCUUGAGUUGGCAGAAAGUUUAAAGUCAAAGCUAUCUUUGUCUGCAAAUGUCAGCAAUGACACCUUUGUCGUGAGCUGUGCCCAUGCAGUACGUAGGCAGCUGGGAUUGUUGCUUGAGUCUAUGCGAAAUGAGUUUUGUUGGCUGAAGAGCAUGAAAUAUGAAGAAUGUUUCCUCUGUCCAAUCUGUUGUCAGGGAGGUGAGUUUUACUACUGUCGCGAACAUUCUGCACAAGGUUGCAAGCAAGAGGAAUGUCUGCACUUCUGGUCCGAGUUUGAGUUGCACAAUGUCGAGACGAAAUUUUGCACCAAGUCUGCUGUUGCAGAGGACAUUAGUGUUCAGGUCGAGCAGUUUGCACCAUGGCUGGCGCCUAUAGGAAAUCAGCGAACACUUGGCGAAAGUGAUGGAAGAAGCAUAGCAUCCGUGGAAGGAAGUAAAGAAAUUGCCAUUCCUGAUCAGGUUCUAGGAGCUCUUUUGUCACAGUCAUGUGAUGCCAAAGAGACUGAACUUCAGCUGAGAAAGACUAUAAAGGUAGAGGACGCCUCUCUGGAACAGCCAGAUUCUGAGACCAAGACAAUGAUUCGUUGCUUAGCAAGGAAAGCUAAAGAGUCAAACAGACUUGAUGUGUUCCACCAUUUGAGAGAGAUUACACCAGCUGGAUGUACCGGUCCCUUGUUGUCUGAACACCUUGAUAUUCGAAGCAUCCCAGUUUCCAAGGGAAGAGAACUUACAAUUGACUUGAGUGGUAAGUUAUGCUGGUUGUGCUGAACAGGGGCGUGACCGCAAUUUCUAAAAUGUAAAUGGACCUUUCCCGCAUUCUACUACAGUGUGUAAGAACAAUAACGCCAGAACGAGGUUGGGGUGGACGUUUUCGUA